UUAUCGAAGCUGACGAGUCUCUGUAACAAUAUCUUUUUCUCGCUGAGUCAAGCAUACAAAAUUUUCUUGAACGAAUUCUUGACCAAUUUUUAUUUUUAUUUAUUUAUUUUUUCUGGGGGCUUUUGAAUUUCUAGAGAAUGGAAAGCGGAUCGUCUUCUUCGGGUGGAGAUAGAUUCAAGCUCUACGAGGAGUUGGAAUUGCAGGAAUUCCAUGACAAGUUCGUGAUCAAAUCCGUUGAAUCUCCAAACCGAGGCUUCUCGAUCGGUCGCCAAGACGGAAACAUUGAACCUCUUAGUGAGGAUACUUUAGCUGCAAAUCCGUCCAAAGUAUCAACAAUAUAUGGAGUGGUUGGAACAAUCAGACUGCUCGUAGGAACUUAUGUUAUUGUUAUAACUUCUCGGAAGGAAGUUGGGAACUUUUUCGGUUUUCCUGUAUACCGAGUACUGUCUAUGAGUUUCUUGUCCUGCAAUGAGGCCUUGAAGCUGUCGAAUUCUCAAGAAAAAAGAGAUGAGGCCUACUUCAGGAAUCUAUUGAAAACGGUGGAAUCAACUCCAGGGCUUUACUAUUCUUAUGAAACAGAUAUUACUUUGAACCUACAGAGAAGAUGGAAGUUAGCAGAAGGCUGGAUGAAUAAAGCCAUUUGGAAGCAGGCUGACCCUCGAUUUGUUUGGAACAGAAAUCUUCUUGAUGAACUUAUUGAGUGUAAGCUUGAUGACUUCGUCAUGCCUCUGCUACAAGGAAGCUUCCAGACUGUACAGCUAAAUCUUAAGGACUCACCUGCCAUACUUACUCUGGUUUCGAGAAGAUGUACACGACGUCUAGGAACUAGGAUGUGGAGAAGAGGAGCCAACCUUGCGGGAGAUGUAGCUAAUUUUAUUGAAACGGAGCAAUUGUUGGAGAUUGAUGGCUUCACGUCCUCAUUUAUGCAGAUUCGAGGUUCAAUUCCACUUCUGUGGGAACAAAUUGUUGACUUGAGCUAUAAACCACGACUGAGGGUUAUUGAUCAUGAGCAGACGUCUCUCUAUUCCGCAAACUUUUCCCUCUGCCAACAGUCUGAAGUUGUAGAGCGUCAUUUUCAUGAUCUUUUGCAAAGAUAUGGAGAGACAAUAGCAGUGGACCUAACUGAUAAACAUGGUGAUGAAGGUCAACUAAAUGCGGCAUUUGCUUCUGAAAUGCAAAAACUCCCCCAUGUGAGAUAUGUCUCAUUUGAUUUUCAUCAUAUAUGUGGCAACUCAAACUUUGAUAACUUACAACUUCUAUUUGAUCAAAUCUCAGAGGAAUUUGAAAAGCAAGGAUACUUCCUCGUGGACACAGACAGAAAUAUUCUAGCUGAGCAGAAGGGUAUUAUUAGAUCUAACUGCAUCGAUUGCCUUGAUCGGACAAAUGUCACCCAGAGUUUUUUGGCUCAGAAGUCUUUAAAUAUACAGUUGCAGAGGAUUGGGGUACUUGAUUCUUCUGAGUGCAUUUCUAUGUUCCCUGAAGAUUAUGGGAAGUUUAGAACAGUGUGGGCUGAGCAAGGUGAUGAGAUAAGCCUUCAAUAUGCUGGGACUUAUGCCCUGAAAGGAGACCUAGUCAGAUAUGGAAGGCAGACAAUAACUGGAGCGAUCAAAGAUGGAGUGAGUGCUCUUUCAAGAUAUUAUUUGAAUAACUUCCAUGAUGGAGUUAGGCAGGAUGCAAUGGAUCUCAUUAGUGGCCGAUAUACUGUUAACAAAAAUGGUCCCUCGCCCUUCCACCUGAAUGGAUUUGAAACAUUCUCUUAUCUUCCUAUAGCAUCGGCUUUAGUUGUUGGAGGGUUGACGCUGACAUCCUUAUCAAUUCAUCAAGCGGGACGAAAUGCACAGCAGUACAUAACUACUGUACUUUGUGCUGGAGUUACUGCUGGAGUUAUGGCGGCGGUGAAAGCUAAUGGAAGGCAGUUCUGUUCUCGGCCUCGUUUGUGUGGCCUUCUGUAAAAUUAAUCUGAACUAGUUUAAAAUGAUGUUGAAGAGUUGUACAUAAAAAGUAUUCUAAAUAUUGUUUCAAGCCAUGGUAGUUUUUAAUGAAUUGCAUUAGACUUUCUUUCAA